UCCGGAGGGUUAACACUUUGAAGGGAUUAGGGCAUAGGGAUCAGCCCUUCCUAAUGGAACGCAAUGUCAGACGGAAGUGUCCUCUUCAUACUCGCGUUUUCUUGUUUCUACGGAGAAUUAAAGGUAAAAAAGAACGAUUUAAAAUUGGUCUUAGAUUAAAACAUUAUGUUUAUAUUCAAAUAUUCGAACCUUUAUCGUGUGUUAAACAGGACUAGACCAGCGUGAGCGAAUAUAUAGAAUGUAAAUCUGAGUAAUCUUCACAUUAGCAGUGUUUCACUCUUAUUUUUGUAUUCGUCUACACCUAAAUGUGAUGACAUGACUGUCUUAUUUAACUUGAUAAAGUUAGUUGUUGUGAAGUAAAAGCAAAUACCGUGUGGUAAAAAAAUUACCUCAGAAUAGCUCCUGUCAAUCAGACUCCCUUUGCGCGCGCUCUGUGAUUGACGUUUAACGGUUUUUGCAUUAGGGAGAAUCUUGUCUCGUGCGCCCGUUCAAAACAUACUCUUCCAUUCACAAAAUAUUAUAAUUAAUCGUGGAUAUACGAAAUAUAUGCAAGUAAAAUGUUUAUACUAUUUUUAAGAUUUGUUUUUUUCUAAACGGCGCGUGGUUGUAUUUUGGUUAAUAAUAAAAAAUAAAAUAAAUAACGGGCAUUUUUAUUAUAAAAACCGGGACUUUAAUAUAACUACAACCUGUAUGGUUGUGCUUUGUAUAGGCGAUCGAUCUUUAUCUGCUGAAUCACUAUCAAUCUGUGCAUUUUAUAAAUCCCGCAGACAGUCUGAGUAAUCCGGGCUCGCCCACGUGGGCUGAUCUGCUGAGGGAGCGCUGAAGAGACUCGCGCGCAGCUCGCGCUCCGUUACUCAGUUGAAGCCAUGGCAACAGAAGGGCAGAAAGUGGUGCUGAUCACCGGCUGCUCGUCCGGGAUCGGGAUGGGCAUCGCCGUGAUGCUCGCGAGAGACGAGAUGAAGCGCUACUACGUCAUAGCUACGAUGCGGGAUCUGAAGCGGAAGGAUAAGUUGGUUGAAGUGGCUGGAGAUGCGUACGGUCGAACUCUGUCUCUGCUCACGCUGGACGUCUGCAGCGACGAAUCUGUCAAACAGUGUGUCGACAGCAUCAAAGAUCGACAUAUAGACAUACUCAUCAAUAACGCUGGCGUCGGUCUGGUGGGGCCCAUUGAGGCUCUCAGUAUGGAUGACAUGAAGCGGGUGUUCGAGACCAAUUUCUACGGUGCGGUGCGCAUGAUUAAAGAGGUCAUGCCCGACAUGAAGAGGAGACGCUCUGGACACAUCGUCGUCAUCAGCAGCGUGCUGGGCCUGCAUGGUGUGGCAUUUAAUGACAUCUACUCUGCGUCAAAGUUUGCCACGGAGGGAUUGUGUGAGGGUCUCGCCCUCCAGCUGCUCAAGUUUAACGUUUCUGUGUCGAUGAUCGAGCCCGGGCCUGUAAACACUGAGUUUGAGAUGAAGUUGAUGGCAGACGUUUCUAAGAAAGAGUUCAUCGGUGCUGACGCCGAGACGCUCUAUCACUUCAGGAACUGCUACCUGCCCACCCAAGUGAACCUCUUUCAAGGCCUGGGACAAACACCUGAAGACAUUGCCAAGGUCACUAAGAAGGUAAUUGAGUCGCCUUGUCCUCCGUUCCGUAACCUGACGAAUCCUCUGUACACUCCGAUUGUGGCGCUGAAGUAUGCGGACGAGACGCGCAGCCUGUCUAUUCACACCUUCUAUCACAUGCUGUAUAACCUGGGAGGAGUCAUGGAUGUGAGCGUGAGACUCAUGAAGUACCUGACCCCUGGAUGGUUACGGAGACGAACCAUCUCACCAGUUUAACACACACAUCUCCUGUGAAUACUUACAAAGAUCAAUCAUCUCGUCUAACAGAUGCAUACAAACACUCUAUGGCACUCUAUGUCACCAUUGGCUAGUAAUUUCUUUAUUUUACUCCCAGACUUUUACGUAGACUGCAAGAACAAUGCAUUCCACAUAAAAAGUAUAAUAUAAAAUAGAAAUGUAAAAAAUAAAUUUCAAAUAUUAUUAAAUACAAAUAAACAGUCUGUAAUAAAUAAAAAAAAAAAUUCUACGGGGCUAUUGAAUGCUCAAAUCUGAUUGGUUGACCAGCGUACCAAACGCAUGGCUAAAGUAGUUCUAGCCUGUUCUAGCAGGUCUUGACUGCAUUAUUUUCUAAGAAUUCAAUGGCCCGUCAUCAGUUAUUCCUUACAUAAUCAAACUACAAGUAAACAAAUAAACACAAUUGAAAAAAGAUUUAAAUGAAAUACAGUGCUUUUCAGGUUUGAUACAGAUUCAGGUUAGAUAUAGAUUAGGUAGAUUAGGUACAGAAACUGAAUAAAGUCAUCAAAUGUAAAAUAACACUGCAUAGACUUCAUUGAUUAAAUAUAAAUCAAUCCUUAUUAAAGUUAUAAAAGAUUUGAGGCAAGAGCAGUGAGUAAUUGUUCACUGUGAGUCUUUUGUUGUUUGAUACAAAACAUUCUUCAAAAUAAUUAACAUAUCAACAAUGUAUAAAAUAAUAAUGAAAUAUCCGAUCCAAAUUAUAUAUAAAAAAAGAAAUUGACAAACAAACUUACUUAACACUUCCUAUAGAAAGGAUUCAAAGGACAUAUUUGGUUGUCCACACAAACACCAUACCAAUUCAAAGAAACAAAGGAAGGAAGUGAGAUUUACUUAUAGACCUGGACCAGAGGUGUAUGGGUAAUGUAGUGCACUAACUAUUCAGUAUAUCAGUAUUAGUGUUUGACAUACUUGAGUGUCUGCAGUGUGUUCCAACAGUUUGGAUCCUUCAGUUUGUAAGCUUGAAUCCUGAACUUUCCUCUGUCUGUACAUUCAGACAACCUACAGAGAGAUAUGUAUAAUGUUACCUCAGAAUUACACAUAUACAUUCAAAGAUGUAAACAAAAGAUGUGUUCAUUCAGUAAUGUGACUACUGUUGGAGCACAUCUGAUCUCUUCAGGAAGCUGGUUCCAUAAUAGCUAAACGCAGACUGAGUGCAUCUGAGUGAUCUGUUAGGCUUAUUCAGUGAGCAUAUCUGUAAUGUAUUGAGGUCCUAGGCCAUUAAGUGAUUUAUAAACAAGUAAUAGUACUUUAAAACCAAUUCUAAAUGUAAUGACUGGUGUGACUGCUCAGAAUCUUGGCAGCAGCAUUCCAUGUUUCUAAUGUGUGUGUGUGGUGUGUUUUUUUUUAAUCCACCCUGCUUGUGAUAAACGUAUAAGUAAAUUUAUCUAUGUCUUGACUGGAAACAUCUAAUUGUUGCAAUAUUUGAUAAUGAAAAUAUGCUGAUUUAGUUUGACAUGACUACUGAAUCGGCCUGAUUGGAUUUUUUAUGUAUUUUUUACCCUAUAGAUUCAAGGUAUGCGUUCAACUUGAAAAUUACAUCUUUGUUUCCAAAUGCCAUGACUUCAGUUUUGUCUUUGUUUAACUGAAUAAAGUUUUGGCACAUCCAACUGUUAAUUUCAUCAGUGCAUUGGCACAGGGAAUUAAUGAGGCUUCAGUCCUUAGGUGAUAGGGCUAAUUAGAUCUGGGUGUCAUCUGCAUAGCUGUGGUAAGCAAUUUGGUUCUUUCUUAUUUGGAUCAGUGGGACCAUAUACAAGUUGAACAGGAGUGGUGCGGGAAUUGAACUUUCUGUGACUCCUCUCCUGGAAG